CCAAGAGGGCAACGGUAUAGCCAGUGAGAGAGUGACAGAUGAAUCUGUUGAUAUACUGAAAAAGGCUGUGUAUGACAUUGAGUCUGCGAUGACUGAUGCUGCAAAACAGUCUUGCUCUAGCCUUCCAUCCAAAACAGAUGUCGUCGUAGACGUCAUCACUAAGCUGAUCUCUGACAUUGAGUCUGGCAGUAACUCACCGACACAUCUCACGAACAUGGCAGUUGACAUGGUGGUAACUGUGUUGGAUGAUCUAUCAGAGGAUACUAAAAUGAUUUCAAUUCCAGCAUCUCCUGACCACUUUCAUUCUCAAGUGAAAUACACCAGGCCCCCCAGUUGUAGGAUCGUAAGCAGUGUUCGCAAGGAGCUUGAGGAACAGAUUGGUUCCGCUGAUUCCCUCAAGCGAGCUCAGAAGUCACUAAGGCUAUCUCGAGUGCCGUUGCAAGGGAAGUCUCUACACUCCUUUCAGAAUCAGUAGCUCGUCACAUAGCCUCCACUUCCAGCUCUGACUCUCUGUUAAGCGCACCUGCUACGACCUUUGCACCUGCCGUGCGACCACUAACUGCUGUCAUCAGACCUGACGUCCCUACCGACCCUGACUGUUUGGCUAACCCCUACCAUAGAUGCGCAUCUUCCAUGGAUACCAAGCCUUUAAUGAUGAUGGUGCACCUUGGGACAGUCAAGGAUAUUGUCAGCAGACUCCUGUUACACCUGUUACCGAUGGGUUUAAAGGACUUUAACCUGGCUGACUGCAGCCUCUUUGACACCAUCUUCUCUGAACUUUCUUCCAGUCUCUUUUUGAGUGUUUCCAGGAACAAACGGAAGGCCACUGUUUGCCUGGACUCUGUUGAGGUCUGUCAGGUUGUCCUCAUGGUCUAUAAACAGUUAAUCAAAAUGUAUGGUUCUCCAGAACAUCUUGAGAGCCUGACAUUUGCAAAGUGCCCCGAGUUUUAUUCCUGCAUUUCAAAACUCAUUGUGGAAGGCAUCUUAAAGUCACCCCCGAGGCAGCCCUCUGGAAUGAAGGAAACCAGAGCAGUGUGCUCCUCAAAUGUGACUGUCUCCACUGAUGUUCCCAGGACACCAAAGGAACAAACAGAGUGUGGAAAGAAACAGCAGACAAAGAUGAUGGCAACCAUUCAAGCAGAGGCCAUAGAAUGCCACACCAAUGAAUACUCCUCAACCAUCACAGAGGGUUUUGUUUUGGGAUCUUCUAUGGGCAAAGACAAGAUACCCAAGAAGAAGGGCAGAGUUGGCCGUUUCUUUCACCGCAUAUUCAAGGGGGUUAGACGCAGCUUCACAAGCUGCACUUCAUCCAGAGGAGUAAUGGAUUAGUUUCUUUUAUUCUAUUUUUAUUUGUUUUAUUUUGAUUUUGUUUCAUUAUUUUUUACUUAACCUUACUGAAAGGAAACUCAAAAGGUCCACAAGAUUUUCAUUUAAUUUACAUUAAUGCCCCGUCCUCCCGUGUAUUGGUCAUGCACAAACAUAACAAACUUGUUUUAUUUGAGAAGUGGUCUUCAAUUAAGUUCUGCUCACCAGCCAGCUCAAACGAACUUUUAAUGAUUUAAACCACUGCCCCAUUCAAAGUUCAAAUAUAUAAGAAUUUCCAUUAUAUAAAUAAGCUUCUUAUAUUGUCAUAUAAAUUAUGAAUUGAAAUUUAAAAAGCAGUUUUGGGUGAGCUCCCUGCAGUCAUUUGCAGGUUUGAGCCCCUCAUCUCUUUCUUUUUCAGAUGAUUAAACUUCAUCAUUCAAAAACGUCAUGAAACAUCCCCAACCUCCCCACAAAUGAUCUAAAAUAUAGUACUGUGAGUAGUAUAAGUAUAAAGAUUAAGUAAAGUUGUGGGUGAGCUCCCUGCAGUCAUUUGCAGGUUUGAGCCCCUCAUCUCUUUCUUUUCAGAUGAUUAAACUUCAUCAUUCAAAAACGUCAUGAAACACAUUCCCAACCUCCCCACAAAUGAUCUGAAAUAUAGUACUGUGGGUAGUAUAAGUAUAAAGAUUAAGUAAAAUGGACUGAAAAUAAAAGGAAAUACACAAUGUAUAUUUUUGGGUGAGCUCCCUGCAGUCAUUGGCAGGUUUGAGCUCCUCAUUUCCUUACCUGGAAAUAUACCAAGCAAAUGCAAGGACUACUUUGGUACCAACUGGACUAAAUUACCUCUUAGCAUUUCAUUUUGGAUUUUGGGAUUUAUAUGAUUGGAAUAUUAGAAGCAGUUGUGAGUGAGCUCCCUGCAUAGUUUGCUGGUCAGAGCUCCUCAUCUCUCCAUCCUAAAAUAUUUUUCAAAUUAUUACAAACUUGCAUUCUGAUUGAUAACUGAAAUCUUUAAGGGUUUUGGGUGGGCUCCUGGCAUCACUUGCUGGUCAGAGCUCCUCAGAACUUUUAUCACCACCACCACCACCCCAUUCUCCUUUCCCUUCAGAUAGAGGUUUAUAUAUAUCAAACUGUCAAUAUUUAAUCCUCCUAAACAUGGUUAGCUAGUGACUACCCCUUUAUUUUAAUGACAGCAGAAUGGUUAUUCUUUUUCAAUUUGGACAUUUUUACAACAAAAAAUAGACUAACAAAUUCUUUAGACUUUCUGGCAUUCUUUAAAGCUUUUUGGAGACCACAUCCCAUUCUUUCCCCUUCAGAUAUUGUUUUCUGAGUGUUGACUUGUCAACAAUUCACCCCCCUAAACAUAGGUACCCAGUGGCCACCCCUUGAUUUUAAUGGUGACAAAAUGAGUGUUCCUUUUAGGUUAAAGGUUUUAUUUUUUGAUGAACAUCAAUAAAAUACACAGCAUGCAAACAUAUUAAGGAGUGGCCGCAAUAUUUCAAAUCUUUUUUAUAUAUCCAUUCAGUCAGUGUAUUCCAGCUUUGUUUACUGUUUAAUCAGAAUUUAGGUACUUUGAAUGAUACAUGCCUGACCACAAGGUGGCCAUAUAAAAUAAAAUAUAAAAUCACAAACUGAAACCAGCAUUUGGGAUCUCUUUAUAGACGGCAAUUGAUGAAGCCUAAAGAUCAUUGUG